UACGCCAAAAAAAAAAAAAAAGGCGCAAUAACCCUCAUCACAAAAGUCAAGUCAGAGCAAAGGCGGAUGACGUCAUGCCCUGGCGUGCAGUUCACACUCAGGCCGCUAGAUGGCAGAAAGUGGUUCACAUGAUGGCGUCAGCUCACUGAGCUCCAUCCCAAAGCGCAUACUCCGACCCGCUCAGCACAGCACCACACUACCGCACUGAAGAAAAUGCCUGUAUAGUAUGCAACAUAGUGUACCUGGCUUGCUUACUAGUUUGACACACUAGAUAAAAAAAAAAAACGGGACGCAUUCUCGCGAGAACACGGCGUGGUUUGACGCGGCGCUGGAUGGCGCUGCGGGAUGUUUCGGAAUGUUUUUGCGGGUUGAGCUUUUUUUUUUUUUUUUUUUUUUUUUUUCGCCUACAGGUUUCUGCUCGGAUAGGACACAAGCCCGCGUCUGGACGAAGGCACAAGGUAACAACACAAAUCUAACCAAACAGCUAACACUGCGCUUCACAAAUGCACUGUCACGCUCAGCAUCUUUCCUCCAGCAGCAUGAACAGCGAGCUGCUUCACCUGGAAGGACUACAGACUCUUUCUAACAGCACAGAUGUGCUCAACAUCAGCCCGUUACGCAGUGUGAACUCACGCCUAGGCUGAGCAGAGAUAAGAAGUUUUGGCCACAAGACUGGACGGUGAGAAGGGGCUAAGUGAGAAGUGUGAAGGCUUGGCUAAAGGAAAACGUACUCUCCUGGUCCAGAGUGAAACAACGGCACUCACAGAGAGGCAUACACAAUCCAAGAAGGCAAAAAGUCUAAGCCAUUCGUUGCAGUUUACGUCACCUCGUCACUUUAUUCAAUUUGGGACAAAUUCGUAAGAAAAAGAGCCUCUUUAGCGUCCUUCCUCUGAAAAGCAGAAAUUGUACUCUGCACACCUGUUAGCAACUCCCCUACUCUCUAAGCUACACACAGUGCUGCUCUAGACCCAGACACAUCGCCCUCACAUGGGAGUGACAUAGGAGCCAGUCCACACCAACAUCCCUGCUUUUUCUCGCAGUGUCUCAUCUAGUGUUUCUGUCACACACCCAUACACUUCCAUAAACCUGCACACUUGCAUCACCUACACUCACCCAGGAUGCCUUCCUCCUCCUGCAUGAUUGGCUGGAGAAGGAAGCAGCCUUUGUGGUGACUGGUGAAGGGAUUGGGCGGCAUCCAUGUCGUGGAAGCGGAACUACUUUGCGUCUGGCAGCAGCGGGCUGCAGAGCAUUUCUAGCCCGCGCACCAUGAACUCCAUCGCUCCCAGCAAAGGCCUGAGCAACGAGCCGGGCCAGAACAGCUGCUUCCUCAACAGCGCACUGCAGGUACUUUGGCACCUUGACAUCUUCCGCAGAAGCUUCCGGCAACUGACCACACACAAGUGCAUGGAGGACUCGUGCAUCUUCUGUGCUCUUAAGAGCAUCUUUGCCCAGUUCCAGUACAGCAGUGAGAAGGUGCUGCCCUCGGAUGCCCUGCGCAGUGCUCUGGCUAAGACCUUCCAGGAUGAGCAGCGCUUCCAGCUGGGCAUCAUGGACGACGCUGCCGAGUGCUUUGAGAACCUGCUCAUGCGUAUCCACUUCCACAUUUCCGACGAGACUAAAGAGGACAUCUGCACAGCCAAACACUGCAUCCCACACCAGAAGUUUGCUAUGACACUAUUUGAACAGUGUGUGUGUAACAGUUGUGGAGCUACUUCGGACCCUCUCCCAUUCAUUCAGAUGGUGCACUACAUCUCCACCACAUCUCUCUGUAACCAGGCCGUGCGAAUGCUUGAGUGCAGGGAGAAGCCGACCCCAGACAUGUUUGGGGAGCUUCUGCGCAACGCUAGCACCAUGGGAGACCUGCGUAACUGCCCGAGUAACUGUGGAGAAAUGUUACGUAUUCGCCGUGUCCUGAUGAAUUCUCCUGAGAUCAUCAGCAUCGGCCUGGUGUGGGACUCGGACCACUCGGACCUGGCCGAGGAUGUCAUCCACAGCUUGGGCACAUGCUUGCGUCUAGGGGAUCUGUUCUACCGAGUGACAGAUGACCGGGCCAAGCAAUCAGAGCUCUACCUGGUGGGCAUGGUGUGUUACUACGGCAAGCAUUACUCCACAUUUUUCUUCCAAACCAAGAUACGCAAGUGGAUGUACUUCGAUGACGCCCAUGUCAAAGAGAUCGGGCCUAAGUGGAAAGACGUGGUUUCACGAUGUAUAAAGGGCCAUUACCAGCCCCUGCUGCUGCUCUAUGCUGACCCCCGUGGGACGCCUGUGGCAUCACAGGACAUGCCGGCUGCUCAGCUGGAGCUGCACCACUGCAGCAAGGCCGGCUACGACAGCGAAGACUCCGGGAGGGAGCCGUCCAUCUCCAGCGACACACGCACAGACUCUUCCACAGACAGUUACAGUUAUAAGCACUCACGCUCGCACCACGAGUCCAUGGCCUCCCAUUUUUCCUCAGAUUCUCAGGGAACUGUGGUGUGCAAUCAGGACAGCAGCGGCUCACAGAACAGCAUGGACUCUGCAGGUGAUAUCCUGAAAGAAAAGGCAGCUCCUCAGUCCCCACCACGGCCAUCCUCUGUAGGACGACUGCCCGAUUAUAAAAAAGUGGGCUCGGGUGCUGGCGGAUCCGAAGCUGGGCCACAUGCCAGGGACUGGGAGGAUGAGAGCACCAGCAGUGAGUCCAAGUCCAGCUCCAGUGGGGGACGCUACAGGCCAUGCUGGAGGCCGAGGAGAGAAGCGCUGAACAUUGACAGCAUCUUCAGCCGUGAUAGGCAGCGGCUAGGCUCGAGUCCACUCCCCGAGGAUGCCAUCCCUCAGGCACCUAACGAAUCCUUCCCCGGAAUGGGAGCAGAUGUCAUUGACUCCACAGAGACGCAGCCCAUGGAUAUAGUGGGAGGCGGAUCUAACGUAGGAAUGGGGCACCUUCCAGUCCCGGCCGCUCCACGCGGCGUGGCUCAGCCACCAAGGUUAAUCCAGAGGAUGGAAAGCGGCUAUGAGAGCAGUGAGAGGAACAGCAGCAGCCCUAUCAGCAUGGACAUGCCUCUCAAUGAGAACCUCAUCACCAGUGCACCCAGGGAGGCCAGCAGUAAAAGGCAGAUGACCUCAGGGCCAUCUUGGCGAACGGUGCCAAAAUCCAAGAGCAGCAGUGCCAUCUUGCAAGAAGUGCGAUCACCCAGCUGGAGCAGCAGCCCUGUAAAUCUGGGGGAGGGCCGCAGUGAACUUGAUGAGCUGCAGGAGGAGGUGGCACGCAGAGCAAGGCAGCAGGAGCUCCAGAGAAAGAAGGAAAAGGAGAGAGAGGCAGCCAUGGGCUUCAAUCCCAAACCCAGCAAGUUUAUGGAUCUGGAUGAACUCCAACACCAGGGGAAGGGGUGCAGUUUUAAGCGCUGCCUGGCGGAGGCGGAUGCUCUGUUAGAGCAGUCGCUGCGCCUGGAGCAGGCUGGAGACCCAGCCACCGCCCUGGCACUCUUGCAGCACGUUGUGUCUAAACUAAGAUUUUCCAUGCAUGAGGGCAGUGCUAACACUCAUAGCAGGACUAUGGCUGCUGACGCCAAGCUGCAAAAAUGCAUGAGGAGAGCUCGAGGCCUUCAACAGCGCAUUCAGCAGCAGCAACAACAGCAAGAGCAGCCGCAGGAGCCCGGCCGCCCACAGGGGCCUCGCAGUGAACAGCCUGGCUCGGUCCAAAUACUGCUGACAGACAAUCAGGAGGAGGUGUGGGAAGUCAAUCAAGACGCAUCCCUUGGCCCGCCGCCUCCUGCCCAGACGAAGCCAUUCACCUCUAAUUCACUUUCUGCUUUGAACCGCCUGUCACUUAACACUCCCCACUCUCCCAUACCUCAGCCACGCCCACAAGACCCUACUCAAGGAAGUGAUCAGUCACUGAAAGACACAGAAUGGGGUGGUGUGAAACUUUCCGAUGUCCUGCAGGCCUCAGGAGGGCAGAUCAGACCCAUCCAUAAGCACCUGGCCAUCUCUCUGCCAUCUCUUCCCUUGGAAUUGUGGGGUGUUCUGGAUGAAGAUGAAGAGCUUUCCCAGCACCAGCAGCCUUUAGCUUCCUCCUCUACAUCCCCUGCUUCAUCCCUGUGGAGGGGCACCUCUGAUAGCCCCCAUCCUAAUGUAGCAAACACAUCACCUCAGCCUGAGAAGAGUGUACAGGAACACCCCAAAGCUCCUGUAUGGCAACCUUUACGCAGUCCUCCCUUCCCCCCGUCACCUGUGUUAUCCCGCUCCAGCCCCAGACACGCCCCUGCUCCCGUUGCAGCUCGUCAUUGGUCCUCCUGGAGCCUGGACCGCCCUGAUGCCGUGGUCACGCCCCAUGAGACCCCACCAGAUCAGAGCCACCUCAUUAGACCCCCUGUCUCUCCACGCCCACAUGGAUGGAACGGUCCACCCCAUAGUCCAAUGAGCUCCAGGAACAAGAGUAUCAAAAAGUUUGCCAGCUCUCAGUUUGAUCCAAAACUAGAGGCUGAGGCUGCAGAGUAUGAGGAGAAGGAGCUUUCAGAGCUGGACUCGCUGUACCAGGCUAGUCUACGAGCAGGCCGUCGUCUUAGCCCGGCCGCUGGGAAACCAGUGACUCCUGCAGCGCGGCAGCUCCUCUCUGGGGUGGGACGCUCACAGACCCCCACGGCUGAGCUGGAGAGAACUGCAUUUGGAGCACCAGGCUCUCGCAGCUCCACUGCACACACAGACAUGCCAGUGGAUGACAAGCAGUAUGAUCCCGAUCACUUGCGCCGCAUCGCUCGCAGUCUGAGUGGGACCGCAGUUGGACGUAGACAGGACCGUCUUGCUGUCUCACGCAGCUUUGAUGUGUCCAGAGGGUCGCCAAGUUUCUGGCUGUGUCUAACCGGGGUCAAGCUCAGUCCAGUCCACCAGUGAAAUGUGACAGAGCUGUGCCACUGACGUCCUGGGCAGUAGUCUCCUUGGUGUCCUAGGCCCACCUACAACAUCCUCCAUCUUUAUGAUCCCUGCAAGGAUCCCUGCACAUACAAAUAAGUAAAUGCUAGAAUGUUGUAACAGAGAUUAAUCCCAGUUACCCUAGCUUUUAGCUACACAAGCCCACUGGAGCACUAGCAGCUCUGGAGGGCUGGAUCCCUCUUGAAGCCCAAAAUCCUCCUGUAGCUAUAGCCCCACCUCUGUUUCUCAGACCAUGAUGGGCUCCCAUCAUUUCCUUUAUUCAUGUGGCGUGUUGCCUACUGUGUCUUCCUUAACUAUUUCCUCUCUUUAACUUUUUCCCAUUCAGAGUGUGGUGGGCUGCUCUGCCCUUUUCAAUGUUCAUGUAUAAUGGAUCUGGGUCAGCCUCCUCUUCCUGCCUCUGUCCUGCGUAGCAGUGUUUUAAAGUGUGUUAAAGCGUGUUUCCUUCCUGUCCACAGCAUGGUGAAGGGAGGGACAGAGCAUAUUUUCUUCUGUUUACUGUUUGGGAUAAUGUGAUGGACUGAGUAGCUUUUUGUGUGUGUGUGUGUGUGUGUGUGUGUGUGUGUGUGUGUGUGUGUGGCGCUAACAGCAUGCUGUGGUACAAGAAAGGCUUUGAGCCUUGGCCCUCCCGCAGCGAGCCGUCCUACCCCGAGCACUUAACUUAAUUAAACGCACUGCGUGGAGCUGCAAAGCCGGCGAGAUCCAGCAGCAUCCUGGAUAACUUUUCAAUAUCUCUGAGGUCUAUUUAGCUACUGCACAUGAUUAACGUUUGCGUGUGUGUGCGUGUGUGUGUUUGUGUGUGAGUCUAUUUAACACUUAGUUAGGCCAAAUGUCCCCAUGAUGAUAUAAAUACAGCAUUGACAGUAUUAACAUAUUAACAUUGUGUGGACAUUUGGUCAUCUUUUUCUUUUUCAAUAUGAAUGCAGCUUUUUUUGAAAAACUAAAAAAGUCAAAAUAUUUCCUUUUGGAUACCGAAGUUAAGGUUAGGAUUAGGUUUAGAUGUAGCAUAGCAUUAUUUAGCUACAAUACUAUACAAGUUAAUGGAAAUAACCCACUUUUGUAUGUGUGGGCAAGAGUGUGGGGGAGGCCAUCCAUCUUCAACAACGCCCAAUGUAAAAACUCAAGCAAACCCACCACAGCGCAUCCUUUCUUCUGACAGUUUUAAAGGAUUUCUUUUCUUUCACUCUUGUUUUAGAAAGAACUGACUCACUUUUUGUAGGGUGAUGGACAAGUAGCUCAUAGUUUGUACUGAUUUAUUGACUGACACACAUACUUACACACCCUGUAAAAAGAGAACAGUGGAAGGAGCUGUACUUGUUUUUUUGUAUUUCUUCAUUUCUUGGCUCUGGCGCUUGGUCGGAGCACGCAUGUAUCCGUGCAGCCCUAGUGUGGAGAGCGGACGGGACUAACUCGACCUUUUCUUCCUCUUGUAUGGGCAUUCCCUGUAGCACACACCUGUUUUCUGUCUAGUGUUACAGGCAAAGACUGCUUCACUCCUUUUGACUGAAUAUACGCUAAUCCAUGAAUUUAUUGUAAAAGAAAAACAUAUGAACACUGAAAUACUUACAAAUUAUCCAGAGGAAUGGAGAAACUCUACUUUAUGACGUUAUGGAAUGUUAAUUCAUUUUAGUGGUUCUAGUUACUAUCUGCAUUAAGACGAGUAUAGUACACUUCAGAAGUGUAAAGCUGGAGUCAAACUGCUAUUUGAAUUCUAUUGACAGUUCUCCCAUUUGUAUAGGGAGAUAUGCCAAGUUAAGCUUUCUUUAUAUUUCUUUUGUAACCUGCAUUGACACUGAUAACGUAGCUAUGAGGCUGAUACAAUGUAGUUGAGUUACUGUAGUAAGUACAUCUGGCCUAGAGAAGAGUCACAGUCAUUCCAUGUAGUUUUAGUAAACAUUUCUGUAGCAAAAUUGUGAUUCAAUUAUAAAAACAAGUUAAAAAUGUUUGGCCCUGAUAGCUACUAAAAUGUAGCAGAAAUAACUUGAAGCCCUUAUAAGUGUUUCAACAAUUUAUGAACAUUUUGCACAAGAGGUACUUUAAGGUACUUUAUGCUAUGAGCAUAUUGUAAUAUAAAUAAAUAAUUAUUGAAAUAUUGUAACAAAGAUUGAUCAAUGGUCUACAGACGUUUGAUAUCACAGUAUAGUUUGAUUGUUGCAGUGUGUAACCCAUUGGUCUUAAUCAUAUAUUGUGAUAAUUACUUUCACAUUAAAAAGUAAGCGCUAAAUGCUUAACUACAGAUUGAUUAAACUUUUUUGUAUUUCAUUCAGAAUUUAUUUAACUUUUUCUCAACCAAAGAUUGGCACUAUUACAAAGCUCGCCCAUGUUACUAAUUUUUUAAUCCACCUUUUCAUCUAAAGGGUGUUUGAGAAUGUAGCAGUGGUGGUGCACGAGUAUGCUAUGCAACAAAUCGCACUCUCCUGAACAACCAGCAAAGAGUCAGACUGGGACAAAGCCGUGUGUGAGUGUGUGUGUGUGUGUGUGUGUGUGUGUGUGUGUGUGCGUAUGUUCCUCCAGACCUCCCUGGUUUUUCCUUUAACUGAGGAUGAAAGUGAUUUCUUGCCGAAUCGUUAAAUAUGUACAUAUUAACGUCUGUAUGAAUAUCAGCCUUUGAAUGCCAGCUGUAGCCAGAGAGAGAUGGAUUUUUCGAAGAUGAAAAAUCAUUUCAAUGGUUUUUCCUGUUUGGGACUCAUUUGUAAAUGCUUGGGGCUGAGGGAACUUGUAUUUUUGCAAUAAAGUUAUUACCAAUGCACUCCAGCAGGGGUGCUGCACAAC